GCAGCAUUAGCAAAGUAGCAUGGUAUUGGACGUUGAAGCUCUGGUCAGUCGCUACCAAGGCGAAGCCAAGAUUCACCGACUCUUGUACAUGGCUUUGCAUCCGCCCGGUGAUGAAAACGCCACGGCUUGGACGGAUCGAUGUUACCGACUCCUGGCAAUCUACCUCAAAGAAAACGACAACGUUAUUCGGUACAAACACGUCUUUGGUCAUAUGCAAUCGUCUUCCGCAUCAACGUCGGCAGAACGAGCAACGGGCAGUACUUCCGCGUCCCCGCUUCGUAGGACACCCGCGUCCGGAUCGGCCACGUCCCAGACGGCGACCGGUGCGUCGUCUACCCUACCCCCUCCCAACCGGGUAGAACCGUACGAUACACGCUGGGUACAGGAAGCGACGCAGCGUGUACGAGCAGCCCGCGAUACUCUGGCGUCGCGUCUAGCGUCGGCACAAUCGCAGCUCCACAAGGAAGCCAUUCGGGUGGCCUAUUUGGCCCUGGCGUCCUACGAGACGCAGGUCGGGAACAUCUCGGACGCCUUUCACCACGCCUUGCGGGCCAAAGAGUACUGUGUCUCACGGCAACAAACCACUCAGGUUAGUCUCAAGGUACUGGAAACAGCGUUGGCCUUGGACAACUAUGCGGCCGUGCAGGAUUUCGCCACGAAACUGGAACACACCCUUGGCAACAACAGUCGUGAAAGCAAUGUCGGAAACUGCUCGAUACGCAUUGCGAUAGCUCUGGGACUGGAGCGUCUGGCGGCGCAAGAUUUCUCCGCAGCCGCCUCACACUUUGCGUCCGUCGUCUUGUCGCCAUCGCAACCAACCGCCGAGCCCUGGACGACGGUCCUCGCUGCGGACGAAGCGGCCGGGUACGCCGGUCUGCUCGCCUUGGCCUGCAGUAGCCCGAAUGCCAUGGCGGCACUGGCGGAGGACGGGGAAGUCUUGGAAUUGGCACCCGCACUACGUCAAGCACUGCUUUUGUGGACCCGAAAAUACGCCUACCGUGAGUGCUAUGAGCUGCUGAUGCGGGACGUCUUUCCCAAGAUGGCCGUCGACGUUUACCUGGGGCCAAUAUUACCACGGCUGCAAACCUUGAUUCGUGAAAAGAUUAUUGCUCAAUACUGGGAGCCGUACCAAAGAAUGGCGCUGUCCACCAUGGCGGAAACGCUUGGACCAGAUUUGGUACCGUCGGAUACGGUCUUGUUGGACCAGAUGGUGCAGCUCAUUACAUCCGGACGAGUCCGAGAUACACGAAUUGAUAUGCAGCAGCGUGUGUUGGUCCGAGAGACGGUAGAGGAAGAAACAUCACGGCUAGAACGAACGCAAGCACAGUUGGAACGCACCACCCGGACCGUUCUGGAUGACACCUUGAUCAUGGUAGUGCGGUUGGCGUGUGUUGAACAUAAUUUGAGUGUCAAGGAUGCCGAAUCGGCAAACGAACCGCGUCGUAAGGGACAUUCCCGCAGGACCCAACCUGCCAUGGAAGACGUGACAUUGUCAUCGGACGACGAGGUAGGAGAAGUCUACGCUGACAUGGUGGCGGAGGACGACGUACCCAUGGAAGAUAUGGAUCAGGCGAAUCCUGAAGAUUUAUACUAG